AUGGUGGAGGCCGAGAAACCGCGUCACUACAAGUUUUGGCUAGGUUGCAGUCUCGUGUCUGGUUUAGCAAGGCGCGUUGGUAGCGAUUGGGACAACGUCCUCUGGCUCAACGUCGAUCACGGGACUUUGGGGCAUGCGGUCCUGUGGACCACCCGGUGGCUCCCCCAUAUUGCGCAGGACUGGAUCCGGACCUGGUUCCCGGGGCCGUUUCUACCCGGAACGGUCAUCAUCAAGAAGCUGAAAGCGGAAUGGGAGGAGGAAUUCGACACCGAGAUACGAAUGUACAACAAGCUCAAGCUCAUACAGGGACAGGUAGUGCCUGUCUUCUACGGGGAGAUUAGAGCUGACGGAACGGGGGCACUCUUCUUGUCGGAUGUGGGGGGCAAACACCUGGGCGCCAUCACCGAUGGGGAAUAG